AUGCUGCUGCUCGUGUUCUCCGCGUGCCUUGUUCUCUCCGCCGCGCACAACGCUACCCACGAUGCCACCACGCCGCCGCCUCCCUCUGACUCCUCCACCACAAAGGAAAUCCUGAAGGCAAGCGAGACCGCCGAUCCUUCUAAAGUGGAAAUAGUGAAACAGAUCCGCCGGCUCAACGAGGAUGGCUCCUAUACUAUCGGCUACGAAGCUGACGAUGGAACUUUCAAGAUCGAAAGUCGGGAUGUUUUGGGCAAUGUGAAGGGCACGUUUGGGUACGUUGACAAGGAUGGUGAAAUUAAACGAGUGACUUAUUCUUCUUCGAGUGACGCCACGCCAGUGCCAGUGUCUACCACUACAACUUCGACGACUCCUAGUACGCCGAUGAUGGUGGUGCGAGUGAACAAAACUGUGUCAUCUACAACCAGAAGACCUUUAGGGACUGUGGUGUAUCCAACUAGGAGUGGCAGCAGUUACACCACCAGAGGAACUGUCGUGCAGCCGAUACCGAGAAGGAGAAUGAGUACAACUUCUACGAAACCCACGACAUCCACUGAGAUGACCACUGAAAAGCAACAGGCAGAGGAAUCCACCAGCAAUAUCUUGAAUCUUUACAAACCGAAGAUUGAGGAGAGUGGAGUAAGAACCCGGACUCAGAUGCAGAAGCCGAUAUCAGUGACUGUGAAGGAUGACUUGAUCACUCGACAGACAACGACUAAACUUCCUCAAACUGUCAAACCGGUUUACGAACACGUCACCGAGGAGCCAGAGAACGACCCUGGGAAAGCGAAUACAAUUCGUCGCGAACUGACUGGAACAAGUCCCAACCCGCACAUGAUCAGCCUACAGCAAUCAGCUGGCGAUGACUCCACUGACGUUUACGGAAGUCAUCUCUCUCUCGGAACUGUGCGUCCGUUAUUUACGACGACCACCCCGAGACCGAGAUUGGUGCCGAUACAUUCUCUAGUAGCGGCGCGACAGAAGAUACACCAGCAAUACCAGGAAGUACCAGUUCAGGAACAAGAGACCACCAUUGAAGCGAGUACGGGCCGAGUGUUUGAUAGGGAGAAUGUUGUGACUUCUAAUCCAGUGCCAGUUAUACAAAUACCAACGAGAAUACCCGACGACCGACUGUAUCAGCAACCGAUUUAUCGAAGGCCGCAAUCUGCCGUUCACUUCCGCACCACAGAAUACUUGAGAGACAACCCUGGUGCUCCAGUGCCUAUUGGAAACCAGCGGCCCUUUCUCCAAUACGAAUACCAGAACAAGAUACUGGAGCCGCAGUACGUGAAGGAAGUUAACUCUCCUCCGCAGACUAAAGCAUCGGCUCCUGAAGCAGCUACGGCAUCACCUUAUGACGCCAGGCAAGUGACACGGAUUAUCCCAAUAGCAGUUGACGAAAGAGGAGUGCCUAUUCAGGGAUAUCAGAGGUUUGUGAACGCGUACAGACCGGUACCAAGUCAGCCGCCUCCGUUGAUAUUACAGCCCCAACCACGUUACGAUCCUAUUGAAGAGAUGAACUCGAUAUCAGCCCCAGUCAGUACUAGAGACCUGAAACGCUUGCUUCAGAUUCUGAUUCUACGGCAGAAUCGCCUGCAAGCGCUAAUGGACCAGAUCGUUGCCCCUGGACCCCCGUACCAGCCUCUACCACUCUUCAAGGCUGAGCCGCAAUACGACUACAAUAGAUACCAGAACCGACAAUAUCCUGACGAUGAGCGGUAUGACUAUAGAUAUGAUCAGCAGCAGUACAGACAACAAGACAUGUAUCAGCAAAAUCAGGUGUCAAAUUACGAUCCUCCGCAGUAUGAGAGUCAAAGGUACGUGCCGAGGAGAAGACUGUACACCAGACCUUACGACACGGCGAGCGCGUCUUCGAACCGUGUUGACGAGACUCAAGAGUACUUACCAGCUGAGAUCAGGGAGGCUUUGCUGUUGAAAAUGUUGAUGUUGGCGAUCAGUCCUGACUUCAUGCCCUCUCCGGCACCUCCUACAGAGCUCACCACGGCCGCUCCUCCGAGGAAACAAGUGAGGAACGUCCAGAUCCUCGGAGAAGAAGGCUCCAUGGACGAAGCCAAGCGAGCGAUGCAGAGGCAUUGA